CGGACGGAAACGUCAAAACACAAAAGAUUCCCAAAGGAGUUAUCUUUCUCUUGGGUAUGAAGAAUUUGGUGGAAUCCUCUUUCUCUUUAUUUUCCCUGUGGUUUUAAAGGAUUUGACAAAGAAAAUUGCCGUAAAAAAUCCUUUGAUUCACUUGGAACGGAAAGAAUACCUUUUACUCCUUUAUAAAAUCUUUUGUUAGUUUAGCUAGGGUAAUAGACAAACAGCCUUUCCCAGUUUUCUGAAAGAUGGCAGGAGGUGGUUUUGCUGUUCAGGGUCCAGCGAGGAACUAUGAAGGUGGUGUCACAACCUUCGUUAUCAUGACUUGUUUUGUUGCAGCUUUUGGUGGUCUCAUUUUCGGAUAUGAUAUUGGUAUCUCAGGUGGGGUGACUUCUAUGGACUCGUUUUUAAAGAAGUUCUUCCCAACUGUGUACCGAAAAGAAACAGAGAAACACCGUGAGAAUAUGUACUGCAAAUUUGAAAGCCAUCUGCUCCAAUUGUUCACAUCUUCACUGUACCUUGCAGCGUUGGUAGCUUCCUUCCUUGCUUCUACAGUAACUAGGGCUUUUGGUCGCAAGAUUUCCAUGUUGUUUGGAGGCUUUGUUUUCCUCAUUGGUGCUAUCCUCAAUGGUGCUGCCAUGAACGUCGCGAUGCUUAUUAUUGGCCGUUUGUUGCUUGGUGUGGGUGUUGGAUUUGCUAAUCAGUCUGUUCCAGUCUAUUUAUCUGAAAUGGCACCCGCGAAGAUUAGAGGAGCACUUAACAUUGGUUUCCAAAUGGCCAUCACGAUCGGUAUUUUAGCUGCAAAUCUCAUCAACUACGGUACAGCAAAGAUUGAAGGUGGUUGGGGAUGGAGAGUUUCCUUAGCUCUUGCAGCAGUACCUGCAAUAAUGAUAAGUGUUGGAUCUGUCUUCCUACCAGACACUCCCAAUUCCAUUCUCGAGAGGGGCCAUCCGGAGAAGGCCAGAGAAAUGUUGAAAAAGAUUCGUGGCACAAACAAUGUUGAUGAGGAGUUCCAAGAUCUCGUUGAUGCAACUGAAGCUGCGAAGAGAGUAGAACACCCAUGGCUGAAUAUUAUGAAGCCACAAUACAGGCCUCAACUUGUCAUUUGCAGCUUAAUUCCAUUCUUCCAGCAAAUCACUGGAAUUAAUGUCAUCAUGUUUUAUGCGCCUGUUCUAUUUAAGACUUUGGGGUUUGGCGAUGAUGCUUCGCUUAUGUCUGCUGUUAUUACCGGCAUAGUUAAUGUGUUGGCCACAAUUGUUUCCAUAUACUCUGCUGAUAAGUUUGGAAGACGGGUUUUGUUCCUCGAAGGUGGUGUCCAAAUGAUUAUUUGCCAGGUUCUUGUUGGAAUCAUGAUCAGCAUGAGCUUUGGGACUUCUGGUGUAGGGAAAUUGUCAGGUGGGUCAGCAAAUUUUGUGCUGUUCUUGAUUUGUGUAUAUGUAGCAGCUUUCGCAUGGUCUUGGGGUCCAUUGGGGUGGUUGGUGCCUAGUGAGAUCUGUCCUCUGGAAAUCCGAUCAGCCGGCCAAGCUAUCAAUGUCUCUGUUAACAUGUUCUUCACCUUUGUCAUUGGCCAAUUCUUUUUAACCAUGCUUUGCCACAUGAAGUUCGGGCUCUUCUUAUUUUUCGCUGGCUGGGUUAUCGUUAUGACCAUCUUCAUAUUCUUCUUCUUGCCUGAGACAAGAAACGUACCCAUUGAAGAGAUGAAUAGGGUCUGGAAAGCACAUUGGUUUUGGGGCAAGUACAUCCCUGAUGAUGCCGUUAUUGGUGGCCAGACCUCUAAGCAGCAGACUGUGUGAAAUAUGUAGUAAGAUUCAUGGUUUUGUUCCAAAUUCAAUAAGGAUAUGGCAUUAUAAUAAAGCUUUUUGAGGAAAAAGAAGGCCAAAUGGAAAUGGAGCUGUACCAAUUAAUUGUUUCUUUUAAAAUAAAGAAACCAGUUCUUACAAAUGAUAUUUGCACUA